AUGGACGCGGAGCAGCUCCUGCCGUACAUCUACUCCUGCCUCCCCGAGCCGCCAGUCUCCCACACCGCCCGCCUCGCCGCCCGCCGUACCGCCCCCUACCACGGCGUCGACCGCAUCAGCGGCCUCUCCGACGCGCUCCUCCACGACAUCGUCUCCCGCCUCUCCUUCAAGGAAGCCGCGCGCACCGCCGUGCUCGCGACGCGCUGGCGCCGGGUCUGGCUCUCCGCGCCGCUCGUCCUCGUCGAUACCCACCUCCUGGAACACUGGCCCCCGACCCGCGCCGACGCGCCGGCCGUCUCCGCCGCUGUGUCGCGCGCCCUGGCGGCGCAUCCCGGGCCCUUCCGCUGCGUCCACCUCCUCUGCACCCCCAUGGACGCGUGCCACGCCAAGCUCAAGCGCUGGCUCCGUCUCAUGGCCGCCAAGGGCGUCCAGGAGCUCGUCCUCGUCAACCGCCCCUGCCCGCGCGAGGUGAAUCUCCCUGGCACGCUCUUCCGCAUCGCCACCCUCACCCGCCUCUACGUCGGCCUCUGGAAGUUCCCUGAUGUGGCCUGCCUCGGCGACGCCUCCUUCCCCAACCUCCGCGAGCUCGGCAUCUUCAGCGUCGUCAUGGAGGACGGGGAUGUCGAAGCCAUCGUCGCCAGGAGCCCCGUUCUGGAGACCCUCAACAUUCAAGGGAGCAUGAAGGGGCUGGGCCUCCGCCUCGUCAGCCAGAGCCUCCGGUGCGUGCAGAUCUGCGAUUCCGUGAUGGAGAUCGUCGUCGUGGUGGAUACCCCGCGCCUCAAGCGGCUCAUCCUGUACAAGGUUCGGGGAUCUCUAAACUCUGCCAGUGGCUUGCGCACGGCGAUCAACAUUGGCAAUGCCCCCAACCUGAAACGAUUCGGGUACCUGGAGCCAGGAAAGUACGCCCUUGAGGCCGGCGGCACCAUCAUCAUGCCAAGCGCAAACACUAUGUUCACAAGCGUGACUACGCUCAGCCUGAAUGUGCGUUUUGGAGUCCAUGAUGAUGCCAAGAUGUUGGCCACUUUCCUGAAGUGCUUUCCUAAUGUGUCGAGUCUGCAUAUCAGGUGUGAAAGAUGUGAUGAACCCACUGGGAAGCUCGAACUUAAGUUGUGGGAUGAGGUUGGCCCUAUUUGA